AUGGAUCGUGAGCGCUCGACAAGCUUAUGGAAUCUUCAUAUUUUGGUGGAUUAUUGUGAUGUGGGCAGUUUGAAUCGUUUCAUUUGUGAUAAGAAACGAUUAUUUCCGUGGCAUCUGAGGUUGAAAUUUGCGAAGCAAAUAGCAUGUGGGAUGAGUUAUGUGCACUCGAAAAAUAUUAUGCAUCGUGACUUAACGAGUAUGAAUGUAUUAUUGCAAUCGAUGAAAUGCGAUGGUAUAAAGGCUGUAGUGGCUGAUUUUGGUUUAUCGUGUACGAUACCAACGAAUGGCGAAUGCCUCACCCAGGUUGGCACACCGUAUUGGAUGGCACCAGAAUGCCUGAAGGAAGAGUUUUACGACGAGAAGGUUAUUUGUUCAGCAGAUAUCUUCUCGUUCGGUAUAAUAAUGUGUCAGAUGUUGGCUCGAUUGGACGCAGACCCAGAGAAUGGCUUGUAUCGAACAAAUAACUUCGGUCUUGAUUAUGACCGUUUUAUUUCGCAUUGUCAACCUGGUACACCUCUUGAAUCGAUCCAUCAGAACGACCGUCCUUCUUGA